AUGAUGGGGAAAGGCGGCGACGUGAGCGUGUUGGCGUGCGCCAUCGGCCUCUUGUACUCUCUGGCCAUCUGCGCCUUUGUGGUCCGUGUCUGGGCGAGACGAAGGACGAGGCGCUGGGAUGUCGACGACUACGCCUACACGGCUGCUUUUAUCGUGGCCGUCGCCCACGCCGUCCUGACCUCGUUCUGCAUCGCCAACGGCUACGGCCAUCGCGCGCAAGAGCUGAACGCCUCCAACCUGGACGCCGUCCAAAUCGGACAACGAAAGGCGUACUACGUCGCCCAACUCACCUACGUGCUGUGCUUCGGCCUCGCGCGGAUGUCCUGCGCGCUGUCCGUGAGCUUCGCUGCCCACGGCACGUCGCUCGUCUGGCCGGCGCGGACGACGGCGGCGCUCGCGGGCGUCUGGGCCGUGGCCUCGGUGCUGUGCCUGGCGCUCAUCGACAACGCCGACCGGCCCUGGACGGGAAUCGAGACCAAGUCUAUUUUCUUUCGAUGGCUCGGGAUCGAAUCUACAGGCGUACUGCUCGAGCUGUCGCUGUUCAUCCUCUCCACGAGCGUCGUCUGGAACAUCCCGCUCGCUCCGCCCCGGCGUCUGCAACUAGCAGCCGUGUUUGGCAUCCGUCUAUUCUUGAUACCGGUCAUCUCCGCACGGCUCAUCUUCCUCCAGCCGCUGAGCAGCUCCGCCCCCGCGUGGACCGCCACGGCGCCGACGCUGCUCACCGAAGCCGCCCUUUCCCUGUCCGUCACCAUCGGCUGCGCCGUCGCCGCCCUGCACCCGAAGGCGGCCAACGUCAACGAGGAGGAGGGCGGCCCGACGACACUUUCCAAGAUGGGCGGCGGCGAGCGCUAUUAUCGCCUGGACCGGCUCCAUAGCAGCCCCAGCAAGCAUGGGGGCGGGGCGCGGGCGCUCCGCGUCGGGAGGUUGAGGACGAGGUACCGCCCGGUGACGCCGGACCUGGACUGGAAGCCCUAUCAAGGCUUCACGGAGGCAUCCGAGGCCACAGCGUACCCCCCGCGCGUGCACAUCUCGAGCGGAAGGGAGAGGGCCGACGCAGGCGUGGAGGGAGGGAGCGGGGGUCGGAUGACGGAGCCGACGACGCCUCCGAGCACGCCGCUGCCGAUGGGGAUUCACAGGAGGACGGAGGUGAUUAUAGAAUACACCUGA